GUGUGCCGUUUGAGCCUUCUUAGUAUCCGUACUUGCAACUAACCGUUGCCUAGAAACGGUUAUCAACAAAACACAAUACCUAACACUUUUUGGAAUUGACGUUCACAAGUAGAGAGUACUUUACAGUGAAAACUUCGACAGACGUUCCAAAAUUGUGAUCACGGAAGUUACCUGCCCCAGUGUACCUUAAAAAGAAGACAUGUCAGUGCCUUUCUCCAACACCCACCUACGGAUCCCGCGAGGAUUUGGUACCAUCCUGGAGGGGCUGGCCAGAGAAGUCCUGCGAGACCAGCCUGGAGAUAUUCCUAAAUAUGCUGCACAGUACUUUGAUGCUCUUCUUAGACAACGAGAAGAAAGUGGCAUGGACCCUGCUGAGUGGGCUGCAAAACUGGAGGAUAGAUUCUACAACAACCAUACAUUCAAAGCCACUGGGACCAGUCAAGAGGAGAAAGAACCAGAGGGGAUGCUUUCCAAAGAAAUUUCUUAUGAAUCCCAAAAUGAAGAUGAAGCCAGUGAUUCAGCAGAAGUUUCAAAUCUUUCAUCUUUACAACCUGCUGUCUCUAAAGAGGCAGGUUCGACUGAAAACACAGAAGAAGAACAACAAGAGCAAGAAGUGCAGGAAGAAAAUGAUAUUACAAGGCUCCUGGCUGAAGACAAACAACCAAUUGAACUGAGAGGGGCUGAGGUUGAAGCCCAAACAAUAACUACAUUUGAUGAAGUUGACAGUGCAGCUAAUGAAAAUGAUGGCAGCUUUCUCCCUGACCAUGAUCCACAGCAGUAUGAGUUAGAGCCCAUUGACUUGUUCAGAGGGGCUUCAGGUGUGGAUGUGUGUGCUCAGGAGUUAGAGGAACCUCAGGUGGGUGAUGAAAACAAGACUACAGCUGUAUCUAAGGAGACUAGAGAUAUAGAAGUAGAGGAAAAAGCUGAGGUUGAAGAUCAAGAGGAGGUCUUUCUGUAUUCAGGGCCAGCUGAUGUGGAUAUUUGUGCAACAGAGCUUGGAGGAAUAGAAAAGACAAUAGAAGGAGACACUGUGAAAUAUGAUGUACAUUUUGCGGAAGCAAAAAGCUCAGAACCCCAACUUGAGACAACUGGUGAAGAAACAUUAUUGUUUGAAUCUGACACCCCCAAGGACAAUCAUUCAAAAGCAGAGGCUGAGAUAGAAAUAGCAAAAGUAGAAGAAGAAGAAGAAGAAGAAGAAGAAGAAGAAGAUACUGGGGAUUCUUCAGGGGGAAUACAUGAAAGUUUAGCUCAUAUAGAGGGGGGUUUAGGUGGUAAUGCUGCACCAAAGGAGAAUUCUUUAGUCGAGAUUAGCUUUGAAGAUGUUCCAGAAGCUCAACAGACUAGAGAGGAUGGGGAGAAACAGCCGGAGGAAGCGGAUUCAGCAGCGGUCUUAGAUGCUGCAUUUUCAGAAAUGCAACAGGGGGAAAAUUCUGAGGAGGUUACUGCUGUGGAGACAGACCUAAAUGUAUCUAAUACAGAGAGCGAUAGAGAACCUGAGAUAAUGGUUAUUGAAAAAGAAGUUAACUCCAGAGAAGAGGACAUGGAAAUGCAUGAGAUAUCUGAUAUAAUGAAGGAAAAGUUGAAGAAAAAUAACACCCACUUAAAUGAAAGUGAUAACGAGAGGGAGGACAAAGAUGGUAAAAACAUAUCACCCCUUCAGCUAACCCUGAAGGCAGAUGAAGAGAAGCUUGAAGAUGAAACUGAUCAUAAAAAUGAGAAUGAUGAGCUGAUAAGUCAAGGCAAAGUCCUUCAAUAUGAAUUAACAGAGACGGAGAACUCAAAUGAUCCUGAAUUAAAAAACAGUGCAACUCUAGGCCGGCUGGAAAGGGAGGAGGACAGCACACAAACAAAGGAUUGUAGUGAGGAAGAUCCAGAAAUUAAAAAUGCUGGUGCAGAAAAUCUUUCAUCACAAGUAUUACAGUCAAAUGUACCAACUCCUACAGCUGACGCAGAGAGUGAAACUUUGGAAACAAGUGCUCAACUUCUAUUCAAAGAGAUCGAUGAGAGUCCGAGAAAACUCAUAGAGUCCAGGCCAGAAGAUACAGCGGCAGAAAAAGAGGUGUCAUUGAAGGAGGGAACAUCACACACAGAGAAACUUGAGGAGGAAGGAAAGAUGGAUUCUUGUGUACAAGAGAGGAGUGAUGCAGUGUGUGAAGAGGGCAGCACCAGUUAUACUCAGAACGCAGAACGGCUCCCUGAUGACCACCCAGGAGAGGAAAGGCUGUUUGGGUCUGAAAAGGACACCUUGGAGCCUGAAGGCAACAGUAGUAACAAGGAGGAGUGCAGCCGGCCCCAGGAGGAGGAGGACAUCAUGGACAUCCCCCUGGAUGACCCUGAGGCCAAUAGAGCCGCUGCAAAGAUCCAGGCUGGUUUCCGUGGUCACAUGACACGCAAGAAGAUGAAGCCGGAGGACAAAACAGAGGGGGAGGAGGUGAGCAGCACUGGGGAUGUGCUCAAUGGCAGCCAGGGGGACACAGAGACAGGAGGAUCGGGGGCAGUAGAGAGGGACAACACAUCUGUGCCAGAGCAGUGACGUCCCUGUCCUGACCUGGAUGAAGAAAGAAGAGAAAGAUUGGAAGCAAGGUAGCGAGAGAUGGCUAGCAUAAAGCUGGCUGGGCUGGCUUUCAGGCACACCCUUUUUACCCCAGGAGUUUGUUUCUUUUCUUUUCCUUUCCUUUUUUGACACAAAUUAGAGGUGGCGAAUGAAGCAACAAGUUUUGAGGGUGUGUGUUUUGUGUGAAUUUUGUGAACUUUAACACUCCGUCGCUGCUUCCCCAGCAGUCUCAUCAGUGCGGAUGUCUUUGACCCAGAAUUUGCAACUCACUGCAUGUACUUGUGAAACUUCUGGUAGUGUGCUAGUUUUUAGAUGAUGAUCUGUGAAUGUGAAAAUGAAUGUCCUCAUAAUGCUAAACAGGGCUUAUUUUGGAUUGAACAGUUCCGACCAUCCGUGUAUGAACCUUGUAUGCAUCAGCGUUAGACUUUGCGUAAUUAGUGGCUUAAAUUAUUUGUUAUUUUGCAUUGUUCUCUGAUGUGCUUGUAUCUUAACAAUUAUUAUAACCGAUUUGAAUUGCUUACAAAAACGAUUAAAGCAUCAAAAGAGACGUAGCUAUGUAUGAUCUAUUUAUUCUUAUUCACUUAACUCAGAUUAGAACUGCCUUGAUUCAUUUUUUGAUCACAUAAGUUUCACCUUUUCAAGCUUUUUCUAUAAAUCUGAUCUUCCACAACAGUAAGCAUGCAGUAAUUACACUUUUUUUUCCAGAUGCAUUUGGUACAGCCUUACCUUAUGAGGCAUUAGUUCAUUGUGCUCUGUUGUUGUGUUGCAGGGUUUAACUUGUUAAUUCAGGUAUUAAAAAGUCCAUUGUUAGAGUGCAGAGUCAUCAUGCAUUAAAACUAAUGGAAUAGUACAUUGCUGAACUUUGCUGUAGAGUCAUGCCAUUACACUAAUAAAUCCACCUUACACAUACA